AAAAAAAAAAAAAGAGCUUGUCUAUCAACAUUUUACAGAUUAGGAUGUGUGAAAGAAACUGAAGAAUUACAUAUAAAAGAAUUGGAAAAAAGGACGAGAAGUGCGAACGUCCAUGACUAUUUUCAGAAUUAUUUUCGGUUGGAUAAUUAUUCCAAAGCCAUAAAAUUUGAAGUGCAAUACGACUUGAAUACAGAAACUAUUAAUCGAUGUUUAACACAUAAUUAUCGAAAAUGAAAGAAUGAUGAGUAUUCUCUAAUGGACAGAAAGAAAGCUCUCAAAUAUCGUCACUCUCUUUGGACUGAUAAAAAUAUUAUUACAAGAGAAAUUUUACUGAGUACGCUAUAACCUUAGAAUGACACGUAGAACUCAGCCAAUAUUAAUAGUAUGAAGUUGCACAUAUGCUUGCUACAUGUCCUUUUGUUAUUAUUUAAUAUUCUUUUUGUAUCAAGCCAUGAUCAUUUAAACAACAUCUUUGAAAAAUAUGAUAAUGUUACUACUAAAUCUCUACUGUAUGAUGUAUCUUCAAGCACUUCCUGCUGUGAUAUGCAGGAGGUAAAAGUUAUAUUUUCUUCUAGCAUAGUUGAAAAUGAAUACAUAGUUAAAUUUAAAGGUUAUUACAAAGCAGAUGUACGAGAGAAUUACUUAAAAGCUGUGUUAAGCUCAUUUGAUAUUAAAAAUUGGAAAAUUAUACCCCGUAAUAAUGCAGCAUCCAAAUAUCCUAGCGACUUUGAUAUUGUGAAUUUAAAAGAAAUAGAUCAAUACCAAGCGUUAAAAGCUCUAAAUAACCAUCCACUUAUAAAAACAGUGACACCUCAAAGACUUAUACAUAGAACUUUAAAGUUUAUUAACACAAGUGAUUCUUACGUCUUAGCAUAUGAAAACUCCAAGAAAAGGAUCAAUAAUCUCCCUUUUUCUCAUAAAAUUCAACUUAGACAAUCAAUAAAUCGACAUACAUCUAGAAGAUUAUUAAGAGUUAUACCAAGACAGAUUACAAAUAUACUUGAAGCUGAUACAUUGUGGAGGAUGGGCAUUACUGGAAAAAAUAUAAAAGUAGCAAUAUUUGAUACUGGACUUGCUGCUAGUCAUUCACAUUUUAAAAACAUCAAAGAAAGAAUAAAUUGGACAAAUGAAAAUACUCAGGAGGAUGGUCUGGGUCAUGGUACAUUUGUAGCAGGUGUUAUUGCAUCAUCUUCUAAUGAUUGUUUGGGUUUUGCUCCAGAUGCAGAGCUUUACAUUUUUCGUGUUUUUACGAAUGCUCAGGUAUCUUAUACUUCAUGGUUCUUGGAUGCAUUUAAUCAUGCUAUAUUUCGUGAAGUAACAGUGUUAAAUCUAAGCAUUGGUGGUCCAGACUUCAUGGACCAACCAUUUGUUGAUAAAGUAUGGGAAGUUACAGCUAAUGGUAUCAUUAUGGUAUCAGCGAUUGGCAAUGAUGGACCUUUAUAUGGCACCUUAAAUAAUCCCGCCGAUCAAAUGGAUGUAAUUGGCGUAGGAGGCAUUAAUUGGGAUGAUCAACUAGCGAGAUUUUCUUCGCGCGGUAUGACCACAUGGGAAUUACCAUAUGGAUAUGGUAGAGUUAAACCUGAUCUUGUCACAUAUGGAUCAGGGGUAAGAGGGUCCGCUUUACAGAACGGGUGUAGACCUCUUUCUGGUACUUCUGUUGCUAGUCCUGUUGUUGCUGGUGCAGUUGCAUUAUUAGCUAGUGCAUUUGUACAAACAAAUGAAUCUAGACUUAUUAAAAAGAAGAUAACCCCAGCAAGUAUGAAACAAGCAUUGCUAAAUUCAGCCCGCCGCUUACCUGGGAUUGGUAUGUUCGAACAAGGAGCGGGAAAAUUAGAUCUCCUACGAGCGUUUCGUUUUUUACAAUCCUAUACCCCUGUUGUUACACUCAACCCAAGUUAUAUAGAUUUGACAGAGUGUCAGUAUAUGUGGCCGUACUGUACUCAAGCUAUGUACCAUACUGGUAUGCCAACAAUAAUCAAUAUAACUAUAAUAAACGGUUUGGGUGUAGCUGGAAAUGUAGUAAAUCUUACUUGGCAUCCGUACGUCGGUAACGGCAAUGGUGAACGUAUUGAUGUAGCAAUGACAUAUAGUGAUGUUUUAUGGCCAUGGUCAGGCUGGUUAGCAGUUGCUAUAACGGUUCCAUCAACAUCUCAGAACUGGCAAGGCAUCGUACAAGGCCAUAUCUCACUCACAAUUGAGAGUGAUGGAGCAGGUAAAUCACAACAAUCGGUAGUAAAACUUCCAUUACAAGCAAAAAUUAUACCUACACCUCCCAGACAUAAACGUAUUUUAUGGGAUCAGUACCAUAAUUUGCGAUAUCCGCCUGGAUAUUUCCCCAGAGAUGAUUUACGUGUAAAGCAUGAUCCGCUCGAUUGGAAUGGAGAUCAUAUACACACUAAUUUUAAAGACAUGUAUCAACAUUUACGUAAUGCUGGAUAUUAUCUCGAAGUGCUAGGCCAUCCAUUUACUUGUUUUAAUGCGAAGAAUUAUGGUACUCUACUUAUUGUAGAUACAGAAGAAGAAUUUUUUCCUGAAGAAGUAGCUAAAUUAAAGCGAGAUGUAGAAAAUGAUGGUCUUUCAGUUAUCAUAUUUGCAGACUGGUAUAAUACAACAGUCAUGCAAAAAAUCAGAUUCUAUGAUGAGAAUACUCGUCGAUGGUGGAUACCUGAGACAGGAGGUGCUAAUAUUCCAGCUAUAAAUGAUCUUCUUUAUCCUAAUUGGGGUGUGGCAUUUGGUGAUGACGUACGAAGUGGUCAGUUCACCCUUGGUCAACAUGCGCCAGUUACAUUCGCGUCUGGCACUACACUAAUUAGAUUUCCAAAGGAUGGAAUCAUUCUAUAUGCAGAGUUACAUGAUCAAGGUCAAGAAUUCCUGGAAAAAGAAUCAGGAACAUCUACACUUGUACCAAUUCUUGGACUUUUACAAGUUGCUAGCAAAAAAGAUAUUGAAGCAGCACAUUAUGAUGAAACUAAUAAUGAAGCACCAGCAGAUGAGAAUAAUAAAAAGAAUUAUAUAAAAAAACAGACAAGUACUAUGCCUGGUAGACUCGUUGUUUAUGGAGAUUCAAAUUGUAUUGAUGACAGUCAUUUACAAAAAUCUUGUUUUUGGAUGCUUGAUGCUAUCUUAGAAUACACGACAACAGGUUAUAUACCUACUAUUUUUAUGAAUGAAAAUCAAAGAAAACACAAAACUAUUAAAACAACUAGUAAUAUAGAGAUUGGAAAAUUACCACGUCGAAUGGAAGGAAAUCAUUUUAGUCAUCAUAGUAAAGUAUUGAUGACCAAUGGGCCAGCAGGCACUUUCAAACCUCUUCCAUUAUGCCCCAUCCCUAUUUAUGCUGUACCAGUGUUAGUCAACGAAUCUGUGCCAAUAAAUCUUUACAAGCCCCAAAAACUAUUAUCUGUAGGAGACACUAUAAGCGCAGUAAAUUCAGUACUACAGGAUACAGAGACUAUGUGGCUUAAAAGAAGAGUUGGGGGUGCUAGUAUUCCUACAAUGCAACAUCUUGACAGUGACAUUAGUUAUGAUGUGACAGAAAAUCAUGGAGAUAAUCGAUUGGUUGGAUAUAAAUUGAAAUAUAUAGCAGUAAUGAUUAUUAUAGUGAUAUUUAUUGUGUAUCUAUUAAAUCGAUGGAAAUGUUUGGGGUCAAAGAGACAUUCUUGCAGAAAACGUACAAUUGUCAAAAUACGUAGAGUCAUUCAAACUAUUGCUAUGCGUAAAAUACCUGCACAAAUGUAAUUUUAUAAUUUUAUAAGAAUUAUCACACUAUAUUAUAUAUAAAAUACAAUUAAUACUAAUAAUUAAUAUAAAUUUUUUAGACAUUUAUUUCAAU